AUGGUUUUCAUGCGGUCAACAAGAUCCUUUUUUUACAGAAACACGUGGAAAAGUUACUUCGUAAAAAUUGAAGUAGCGGCUACGGUUUAAGAGAACUUAUUUAAGAGAAAGUACGGAUUUAAGAGAGAGGAAUUGGCUUGUACCAAUCAAAAUCGAUUUAAUUAAGAGAAAUUUCCUAUUGCAGCUGGGAUUUUUCUCUUAAAUCGAACAAUAUGGAAACCACGUGGACACACACAUCACACACCCACACAGCUGCAGACACCAUGCCCUGCGCGUCGGGCAGUCGCUGCACGGCUGUCCCCGAUCACACGCCAGGCCCGCCGGCGUUCACAAAUCACCGGAGUCUGCGGGCAGUACCUCCAUGGCACCUGUGGUGUGGUGGACCCUCAGGGCACCUCCGAGAUGCAUCGCAUCUGCCACAACUGCCUGUCCUCCCGUGAGCGCAUGACUUCAGGCGGUAGGAACAUGGCUGUCUGUAGAGGACAACGUGGAGGUAGCCGAAGCGAUCGUAACAGAGAUGGUAGAGGACCUCUGUGAUGAGAAUUCGGUGGACAUGGAUCGUUCCUCUGACGACGAGGACGACGACCUGGUUGAGCUACGCCAAUCGGGACAGUCGGCGGCGGCAGCGGCCCCGGCUCCGCCGCCGUACGCGAAUGUAGCAACCCAUUUUGGUGAACUCGAGGAUACUGCCGAGAAGUGCCGCAUGUCCCGAGUGUCUUUUUUUCACCUCCGCAAGGCUAAGCUAGCGUGGAUGAGUGCCUACGGUUCGAGGGAAACCAAGCAGACGUGCAUGAGCGACUUCCUUUGACGGUUGCAGCGCAGAUCGUGUUCAGGCUGACAGGUCGCCAGGGUAGCGUUGGUUUCUUGGGUUUGUGUUAUUUGUACGGCGAGUGAGUGAUGUUUUGAUAUUAUUGUGAAGCUCUUUUUUUUUCGUUGACUUGUGUCUUUGUCGGGGGUUUAAUAAAUCGAUGGGAUGAGAGGUAUGAGGGUGUUAUGUUGAGGGUACGGUGGGAGGAAGGGGUGCAUUGUGUAAACGGGUGCGUCGUUCUUGAGUGCUGGUGCAUUCGUUGCCUCGUGUUGUCCUUCUAGAAGAGGUGCGACUAUGAAACACAGCUAUAAAACAACUCAACCAAAAACCUUUUACGUGUCCACGUGCAAAAUGUGCAUCGCAUCACACAAAGAUGAUUUAUUUUCCGAACGCAGAUCCACCAAAAAAAGCGUACACCACGUACAGCAGUACUUGGGUCCACGUGCUUGCCAACCAAGAGAAUGAGCGGUGUUUGGAGG